UACUCCAUUCUAUAUUAACCUACGCCAGUACGUCCAUCUUUCUGAGGAUUCACUCUCAUCUGGGUUCACUUUAUUCUGUGGUUCUGCGUUUUUCAGGUCUAUGGUUGUAGUGCAAAUUUGAAGCUGAAGGAAGAGAGAACGUUUGGAGCUGAAGGAAGAGAAGGAAAAGAAUGACGAAGAAGAAGAAUCCUUUGGUUUUUAUGGAUGUCUCAAUUGAUGGAGACCCUAGGGAAAAAAUGGUUUUUGAGCUUUUUUAUGAUGUGGCUCCAAAAACGGCCGAGAACUUUCGCGUGCUGUGUACAGGAGAGAAAGGAAUUGGCCCCAAAACUGGAAGACCACUACAUUAUAAGGGAUCUUUUUUUCAUCGGAUUAUUAGAGGCUUCAUGGCACAGGCUGGGGAUUUUGUCAAACGAGAUGGUACUGUUGGAGAGAGCAUAUAUGGGGGAAAGUUUCCAGAUGAAUCUCCUCGACUGAAACAUGAUGGACCUGGUCUUCUGUCUAUGGCAAUUGCUGACCGUGACACUUUAGGCUCCCAUUUUCUUAUUACAUUUAAGGCCAAUAAUCAUCUUGACAGGAAGCAUGUAGUAUUUGGAAAGCUUGUCCAAGGCUUUGACGUGCUGAAAAAGAUAGAAAGCGUGGAUGUUGAAGAUGGCAUUCCAACUGUUACUGUGAAAAUUGUCAAUUGUGGUGAAUUUAAUGAGGAAAAAAGGAAGAUGAAUAAAUCAAAAAUAGGAAAAAAUGAUUCUUCAGACGACGACAGUUAUGAAGAAAAGAAAAGAGGAAAGCAGAAAAAACUAAGGGAGAAGAAGAGGAGGAAGAGAAGAUACCACACAUCUGAAUCGGAUAGUUCUUCUGAUUCAGAAUUAGACUCCUCCGACUCUGAGAGUGGUUCUGACUCAGAUCUGUCGUCGUCAUCAUCAUCUUCUGAAAGUUCUAGUGAUGACAGGUCUAAAAAGAGGAAGAGGAAUUCUAAGAGAGGCAGAUAUAGGCAUGGUAGAAGAAAGGAUAAAAGGCGUGACAGAAAGAGGCGGAAGCAUGAUAAGAAAUCAAAGAGAAAAUCUAAAAGGGGUUUGGACAGUGUUACGGAUACUGAAAGUGAUAGCAAAAGCAGAAGCAACUCCGACCGAGAUGGCCUUGAUGGUCAAGGGAUAGAUCUAAAGCGGUCAGCAAAAGCUGCUGAAGAUGAUGUACCUCAAGUCUCAGAUGCCCGUAAUAGGAGGAGAGGAGAGGCAGAUAUGAUGAUGGUACAUGAUGGGGAGAGAUCCCCCAAGGAGAAUGGUGAGCGAAGGAGCAAUGGUGUUGCUGCAGUGGAUUCUAAAUCCGACAGAAGCUCGGAAAGACAACCUGAUAUUGUAGAUGACCACCCUGGAAAAUCUAGGAGUCGAAGCAUUAGUCCUAGAAGGACGAUGAGUAAGAGUAUGAGUAUUAGUCCCAGGAAGAGUCGCAGCAAAAGCCACAGUGUCAGUCCGAAACGCAGUAUGAGCAGGAGUCGAAGUAUUAGUGGCAGCCCCCCUCGUGCACCAUUGAGGAGCAGGAGCAUCAGCAGAAGUCCUGUUCGAAAUGGUAGCAGGAGCGUCAGCAGAAGUCCCGUUAGAAAUGGUAGCAAGAGCCCAGGUAGAAGUAUUAGCAGAAGCCCAGAUAGGGGAAGGAAGGGUAGGAGUAUCAGUAGAAGCCCAUUACGAACCAGGCCUCAAAGAGGUAUUAGCAGGAGCCCUUUGAGAUCCAAUCCACCAAGAAGUCUGAGUAGGAGCCCACCUAGAAGAGCCUCUAGAAAAUCAAUUAGUAGAAGUCCUGCAAGAGUUUCCAGAAGUGCAAGCAGAAGUCCAGUGAGGUCCUCUCGACAGAGCUUGAGUAGAAGCUCAGGUAGGGCAACAUCUAGGAGAAGUGUUAGUCGAAGUCCUCGAGCACCAGUCCGGAAUCGAAGGAGCUACUCCAGGAGUCCUAGUCCCGUCCGAAGGCCAAGGUCACCAGUAUCUGAUAGAGGGAGGAGUGCAUCAAGAAGUGCUUCUCCAGAAGGAUCUCCAAAGCGCAUCAGGAGGGGGCGUGGUUUUAGUGAGCGAUAUUCAUUUGCUCGAAGAUACAGAACACCCUCUGCAUCUCCUGUACGGUCAUACCGUUACAGUGGUAGAGUUGAACGUGACAGAUAUUCAAGUUACCGAAGAUACUCUCCUAGGCGUUAUCGAAGCCCUCCUAGAGGAAGAUCUCCGCUAAGAUACAGAAACAGAAGAAGCAGGACUCCCUCUGUAUCCCCUAGUCCUCGUUACCGUAGCCGUCGAUAUAGUCGUAGCCGAAGUCCCAUUAGGAGCCGGUCCCCAGUUGAGGCAUCCCGGUCUCGUUUGUCUCCUAGAGUAGUUGGGCGGAGAUCUCCUUCAAGGAGCAGAUCCCCAUCAAAAUCAAGGUCCCCUGCUGACUCGCAAUCCCCCAGGAGGCCUAUCAGAGAUAGGUCCAAGUCUCCUUCUGGUAGCCCAGAUGGGAAGAAGGGCCUGGUCUCGUAUGGCGAUGGAUCUCCCGAUUCAGAGAGGUGAAAAUAUUGGUGAAAAAGGUGUGUUCCAGCUCUCUCAUCUCUCGUUCCUUGAAAAGAGAAAUUAUAAGUGGAUUCUAGCCUUUGUAUUAAAUCCGGCUUAGAUUUGUACUAGAGCAUGCUUCCUAGGAUAUGCAGUGAAUAAUAUUAACUUGGAUCGUGUUUUAGGUUAUUCAGUUCAGACAGUAUUGUUGGUAUGCUUGUAGUUGUUGGCCAGUUUGGUGAGAUCCCAUAGUUUGUGUUGAUUAAAAUUCAAAGAUUCUAGUUGGCACAAUAUUCAGCUUUAACUCUUGUUUAUCA